GUCGAUUCGAAUGUACUCGUUCUGAAGUGCUAAAUAUUUUACAAGAAAAAUAUAGACAUCAACAAGAGCAUAAAAUUGAUAAAAAAAAUGCUGUCAAGAUUACAAAAAAUGAUCAUAGCACCAUGUUAACCAAAGGAGGCAAACG